GAUUAUUUUGACAUGGAAGUAGCAGUUGGCUAAUCCCUCUAGUGCAGCAUGCUCCUGGAAAUCCCAUUAAGACUUUACAAUUAGGAGAGCCUGGUAUUAAACCUGCUGUCUGAUCAGAACAGAAUGACAAGCAUGGUGUGAGCAGUGACUAUGUCUUUACAUACCCCUCUGCCAAGCAAUGUUCGCCAUGGCCUUGCCAGUAUCAGUGGAUCUUUAUUUAUUCAAAACAAAACCACGGAUUGUGGGGAACGUAGAUCAUAUCACACAGGCCAUGAAGCAAUGUCAAGUGUUCCCCUCCAGAUGGCUUUAUAUUUUAAUGUUUUCUUCUUUCCCUUCUGGUUCAUAUCUGAGAUUAUCAUGUUGGAACUUAAGUACUUCUUGCUACCAAGCUACCAUCAGUUUCUCUUAGUCACAGCUAUCACAAUUAUCACAGUAAUUGAAAUCCUGAGACUUUACUUGGGCUACAUCGGAAAUUUACAUGAGAAGGUGCCGGAACUGGCUGGAUUUUUGCUUCUUACCUUCCUCAUACAGAUGCCUCUUUUUUUAUUCCUUUUGACAGACGAAAAAAUCCUGAUACUGCCUCUGGAAGUUGCAGUGCAUGCAAUCUAUGUGAUUUUGCUGAACAUGGAGCUACUUGUCUCAUUCUUUGUUCUGAAGAUCAUGACAAGACAGCUGGCCACGCAGUUUUACUUGCACCAGACUGACGAGUCAGAGAACAAAAAUGUACCUGCCAAGUGUUCCCAAGUGACAAUACAGCACUUCAAAAGGAGCAUGAUUGAAUUGCAAGAGAGAGAUGCCCUUCUGUAUUAAUUAUUAUUGAACCUUGGUGAUGAAAACAAAAACAACCUGAUGAUAUAAUGCCAGCAGCCCUCAUCAUUCCUUUAGUCCACAUUUUCAUUGCAGUGUUUGAAACAAUGUACAAUUAGAAAUGUGAAAGGUA